AUGGGUUAAUCAUGUUAUCAUAAUUCUACAACACCAGAAUCUGAUGUUAAAUUAAAUAACAAUGUUCCUGAAUAGUAUUCACAUAGAAAUCAAUCUGAUACAUUAGCAAUUAAUUAAUAAUCAUAUCAGACAAGAAUAAAUGAAUUAGAAAAUAAUGUUUAAAUUUCUUUAGAAACAAUGAAUAAAUUAAAUACAACCAUUUAAAAUGUAUUAUUGUUAUUAUUAAUAAUAGUUAGUAGUCUAAGUUGAAGAAUUAAAUAAAUAAUUAGAUCAGAAAUAGUAAUUACAAUAAAAUGAGACUUAAGAAUAAAAAUGA